GCUGUCUGGGGGCAGAAGCGUGAAGCGUGGAGGGGAGGGCACGUCUGUGGACUUGGUCAUCUUCUCCUCCUCCUGCUCCCCGCCGCGGGUAAAGGGCAGGCAGUUUGGGCCUGGACAUCUCCAGUCAUGGCGGAGCCUGAGUGGGAGUCGCUGGAGCAGUGCUUGGAGAAGCACCUGCCGCCCACAGACUUGAGGGAGGUGAAACGCCUUCUCUAUGGCAAGGAGACCAGGAAGCUCGACCUGCCCAGCCAGGCUUUGGAAUGCGCCGCUGAAGGGGACUUUGAGCUGCAGGGAUACGCCUUCGAGGCGGCCGAGGAGCAGCUGCGGGGCCCGCGGACCGUGCGCGUGGGGCUUGUGCAGAACAGGAUCCCCCUGCCCGCGGAGGCCCCUGUGGCCAAGCAGGUCUCCGCCCUUCACAGGCGCAUAGAGGCCAUCGUGGAGGUGGCUGCGAUGUGCGGAGUCAACAUCAUCUGCUUCCAGGAGGCCUGGACCAUGCCCUUCGCGUUCUGCACAAGAGAGAAGCUCCCGUGGACGGAGUUUGCCGAGUCAGCCGAGGACGGGCCCACCACCAGAUUCUGCCAGAAGCCACUGGCAGCUGCGGUUUCACUUUCUGCUUCCGAGUCUGACUGCGGUAGACCCUGCACAGAAGUGGUCUCACACACUGGCGAAGAAGCACAACAUGGUGGUGGUCUCCCCCAUCCUGGAGCGGGACGGAGCGCACGGGGACGUGCUGUGGAACACGGCCGUCGUCAUCUCCAACUCCGGCGCCGUCCUGGGCAAGACCAGGAAGAACCACAUCCCCAGAGUGGGCGACUUCAACGAGUCCACUUACUACAUGGAGGGGAACCUGGGCCACCCCGUGUUCCAGACGCAGUUCGGGAGGAUCGCGGUGAACAUCUGCUACGGGCGGCACCACCCCCUCAACUGGUUCAUGUACAGCGUCAACGGGGCCGACAUCAUCUUCAACCCCUCGGCCACCAUCGGGGCACUCAGCGAGUCCAUGUGGCCGAUCGAGGCCAGGAACGCGGCCAUCGCCAACCACUGCUUCACCUGCGCCAUCAACCGCGUGGGCAAGGAGCACUUCCCCCACGAGUUUACCUCUGGAGACGGGAAGAAAGCUCACAAGGACUUCGGCUACUUCUACGGCUCCAGCUACGUGGCCGCCCCGGACAGCAGCCGCACACCCGGGCUCUCCCGCACCCGGGACGGGCUGCUGGUGGCCGAGCUCAACCUCAACCUGUGCCGGCAGGUGAAUGACGUCUGGAACUUCAAGAUGACGGGCAGAUACGACAUGUACGCGCGGGAGCUGGCGGAAGCCGUCCAACCCGACUACCGCCCCCACAUCGUGCGGGAGUAGUUGGCCCUCGGCCCUGCCCGCCCGGAGGGCGCCUCUGCCUGCGGCGGGUCGGCGGUGUGACCGUUCUUGAUGAUGCCCUGAUCACGUUGCUGUCCACAUCGAUUCUUGAACGUCCCGAUGCUGAGGGUAGAAUGAGGGGUGACUGCUUAAUGGGUACAGGCUUUCCUUCUGAGGUGAUGACAGUGGGGCUGGAUAGAGGCGAUGGCACUACAUGCCGUGGAAUUGUGUGCUUUAAUCUGGUUAGUUUUCUGUUAUGUGACUUUUGCCUCCGUGUAAACAUAUCCCAGGCCCGGGCUGUGCGGAUUGAUUUGAAGUUAGACAGGUGGGCUGCCCCCAUCCCGAGGUUCCCCACCCCUCCGUUUAGACUCAGCCACUCCAGCAAGGGAGUGUGUGUACCAGCAAGAGAGGGCAAGGCCGACCCGGAGUCCCUGGAUGGCCCUGGGCGGGCGGGAGGAAGGCCAUUGUAUGUGUCAAGUUGGUUAGGCUGCAGUCUCUAGAGCAGCGGUUCUCAACCUGUGGGUCGCGGCCCCUUUAGCGGUCAAACGACCCUUUCACAGGGGUCGCCUAAAUACAUCCUGCAUAUCAGAUAUUUACAUGACGAUUCAUAACAGUAGC